GUCGAGGGAGGAGACUCUCGGCUUCUCCUCCGUCUCUCAUUGGCGCGAGACAGCACGGUGCAGUGCAUGGGCAGUGGACAUAGGUGCAGGGGGGAACUUACCAUCAAAAAUCUCAGUCAGGGCGGCGAAUGAGGGGAGGAUAGCGGAGCCUACCUUGUCCUCCAUUUUCAGGGCAAAGUAGUCUGGAAUUUUACGACUGUUUUGGAUACCAGCUGGUCCAAUGGAGGCCGCGGUCCUAAACCUACAAAUGAUGACGGAUGUCAACUGCAACAACAGUGCCAUGAACGCGGAGCUGGAGGUGAAAAAGCUGCAGGAGCUUGUCAGAAAGCUGGAAAUGCAAAACGAGCAGCUACGGACUCGGGCAAAUGCGAACGGGCGCACAAGUCCACACAUCUUGGCGUCCUCGCCGCUUUGCUUACUAGGGAAUUCCAUUGCUAGUAGUAACUACUGUAUUCCGAGUCCGCCGCCAGCCCUGUCAUGCCCCGCAUCCUUAGGACUUUACAACGAAGAGCCUUUCCCAUAUUUUCAACCUCACAACCACGACGAUGCUGCAUCGGAUACAGAUUACGCGUCCAGUGGCGAUUCCUCGGAACCUACUGUUUUGGAUGAUGUUGAGCUAUUGAACCUUGAUUCUCUAUUGCCUUGUGAUGAGGAUUCAGAGGAGACCUGGUUGUACGUGUCCUCGAAGGCUUGUGUGUGGGUCGCCGGGGGACAGACGCCGCUGCAGUGGUGCCGGCAGGUUCUGGACAACCCACGGCCCGAGGUGGAGGCGGCCAAGCGCUCCCUUUGUCACCGGCUCGACUCAGCCCAGCGAUGGAGAGGCGUCUUCUCCUCCCCCACCUCCCCUGCGUUCCCUCCGAGUCGCGUAGCUGGAGUGCCCCCUCUCUGCGCCUCCACGCCCACCUCCUCCAAGUCCUGCUCCACUCCUCUUCCCAGCAUGAGCAGCACGCCUGCCUCUGAGAGACAAGCCUCAUUCCUCUCAUCCUCCCACCUCUCGCUCUCGCUCUCCCUGGUCGCCCCACCCGGGAAGGACCGCUCUCCCCUAGCCGAGAGAACGCCCACCUUCCUCCUCCAUCACCCAGCCAAUCGCACCCGGAGCCUUACCUGUAGGAGGAGCACCUUCAGUGCCCAGUCGUCUCUGGACAGUGAGCUGAGCACCUCGGAGUUGGAGGAUGACUCCAUCGCUCUGGGCUACAAACUCCAAGACCUCACCGACGUGCAGGUGAUGGCCAGGCUACAGGAAGAGAGUCUUCGCCAGGACUAUGCCAGUGCCACCACCUCGGCCUCGACCACCCGCCGCAGCUCCAGCUUCAGUUUCCAUCUGGGCCAGCGGGGGGCAGCGGCGGACUCCCACCUGCGGGAAGAGGAGGAGGACGACGAAGAGGAGGAGGAAGACUACGGCCAGCUGCCUCCUCCGCAGCCCCGGCUGACGCGGCCAGGAACCCUGCAGCCUCCUCGCGGCCUCUCCCACUCCCACACCUUCAGCAGCAUCCGCGACUGGAGACGGAGCACCUCCACCCCCUCCACGCCCUCCAGCCCGCACUACGCUACGCCCGCCUUCGUCCCCUACCAGCCCAGCCUGCCCAGCCCCACGCCGGGCUACGGCAGCCCUGGGCCCGAGCACCACCACCAGGGGCCUCGGCCCACAUCAGAUAAGCUGCGGAGGAGCAUGCCCAAUCUGGUGAGAGCUCCCAGCAUGCCCAGCGUGCCCAUACCAACCAAUCACGUGGGCUCUCCAGCCUCCAUCCGGAACAGUCAGAGCUUCGACUCGUCCAAUGCCUUGGCCAGGUUACAGUCAGCAAUUCCAUCGCCGGGUCAGCUCCAGAGCCGCGUCCAGAGCGUGGGCAACUUCUCUGCGUCACCGCGGCAACCUCUGAAAGCCACGGCCUACGUGAGCCCCACGGUCAAGGGCCAGGCCCCUAUGGUCAGCACCUCCACCAGUCUACAGUCCCUCAGCAGCAGCGGCAGCAGCGGCAGCAGCGGGAACGGCAGUGGCAUCCCCCUGCCCAGCAAACCCAGCAGUAACCAGGCAACCGGAGGAGGAGGAGGAGGAGGAGGAGGGGGGAGGAGUGGCCUGCCUCGCCCUGCAUCCUUCAUAGCAACAGGCUCCGUCUCUCGCAGCAAGAUCGCCCAGCCCAACCGCAGCUUACUAACGCCUCCAAAGAGCUUGGCAACCCUGAGUGCACUGCGCGAUGGCAGUUGGAAAGAUGGCUGCUACUAGCCUGCCGUUGGCGUUGGAAGAUGCUCGAUUUUGGCACUACGGCACAGCGAGGAGCACCGCCAAUGGAAAGUGGUGAUCUGGUGAUCUGUGGCGACCUGGUGACGUGCCACUACCCUGCUGGUUGGGGUGGUUGUUUGGUUGUUUGUACUACUAGAGAAAAAAAAAUUGUGAUCUCUGAAUUAAGUGUUGGGUAAUCCGGCUUCAGAAGUUGUAAUCCUGAACCCACUGUUUGCUCCAGUCAUUCACUGCACCAUGUAAAUUGGUGGAAUCACCUGUUUUGAGAGCACAACUAAAGGGCCUAGGAACAGGUGAUCGCACUAAUGAACUGAUACAGCCAGUGAAUGGAGGGAAUUAAUGUUGUGUCUCAAACGGUGCCUCAGUGUUCAUGUUUCAGUGCGUACUGUAUGGCGUAUUAAUUCCGCACUGAAACAUAGUGCCCGAAGUGCACAAGUGCACCAUCUGAGCCAUAGCAAAUGAGUGGGUGCCGGAUUGUAACCUCUGAAGCCCGAUUACGCAACACUGUCUGAAUGUGACCAAGAGUGACUAUUAUAUUGUAUACGUCACGCUGUGUAUAGGGCUCCCGUGUACUGCACGGAGGAGUGCUUCCUUACUGUUAGGAAAGAGGGUCCUGUUUUGCAUCUGUUUAUUAUGCAAAAAAUUUAAUUAUCAAUGAAAAUAAAUAACAUUUUAAUCUAAAGCUGCCCAUUCUCCCAGUGAUAACAUUUUUUAGUCACCAUGAACCCUCCCCCUGCUUUUCUGGAUGCACUGACCAUGGAUUUAUAACUCUUUGUGGAGUCACUGCCCUGUAAAGCUUGAUUUUAAUUCAUUUUUAAGUCGUUUUUUGUUUAUUUGCGUUUUUCCUUAAGGCGGAAAACCAAACAUGCUGCUAAUCAUUAAUCUGCUGGUUUUCCGCGAGUUGAUUUUUGUAACAACUAGAGGUAGACGUGAGGGUGAAAAGGAAGAAAAUGUGAUUAUUGCACGAACUGGUUCAAGGAACUGGACUGUUCUUCUAAUCUGUAUUGACAUUCUCUCUUUUUUAUAUAACGAAAAACUUUAACCAAAUUUGACCAGCUUGAAAAGUGUUUACAUCCAGAUGAUAUGAAAUGAAACAUCAACAGACAGCUAACACUGAUACACCAUUUACAAUGUUUUUUUUAACCCCACAAAGAAAGACACAGACACACACACCUGGACACUCAUACACACACACACACAUACACACACACUUGCGUUCACACACCUUCGAUCAUGGACACAUACACACACGCACACUAAUGUUCAAGUGAAGGAACAUGGAGAUGAAAUGGGGAAUUCUUUGUUAUUGUUGCACCUAUUGUUAAUGUAUAUGAGUCGAUGAAGUGUUUUGGUACUGCACUUUCACUGUUAAAUUAUUUCUUUAAUAAUAUCGUUUGUUUUAGAGAAAACACUGUAUAGAGUCACGUUUAUGGCAAAUGUAGCACUGAAAUAAACAGGUCCUAACAGGUUAAGAUUUUAAUGUGUUCAAAAAGCGUAACUAAAAAAAUAAUAAUAUUCACAAUUGCACUUAAAGGACAGGUAUGAAUUUUUGUUGUUGUUCUUUGGUUUGUAUUUUUAAGCACUGUCGAUGGAAAACGUUUGUGUGUUUCAUUUAAAAUAAAGGCUUUUUAAACUUCCAA